AGCAGAAACAGAGAGUUUGCGGCACACAAAGGAAAAAGAUUUGGUUCUCGUAUGAGCACACCGUGCAUAUCAUGAGGAUGCGCCCUCUGUUCGAAACAUACCAGGGGUAUGAAAACAUCCCUAAUACCGCUUGACUGCCCCAGGCCAACUUUCCGACACUUCCACCAUUCAGCGUUGCUCGUCGUACUCGUACUGUGGGUCGGAAAAUAAAUGCAUCAACGUGUUUCCGAAUUGGCACCUGUCUCUCGCUCGCCAGUCAUGGGCCUCAGUCCUGGCGUAAAUGCGAUGUUUCAUGGCAGCAGAGGAUAUAUACUCUGAUCUACUCCACGCUCGGGGUAAUUUUUACCGCUUCACGAUCUUUGGAAGAUUCGUACUUGUCACUCUUUUUUCGACUUCUGUUCGCUGGUCGUUCGUUACUGUCAUUCUUUUACUGCAAACAUGCAUUCCACAUUCGUUCUUUCCCUCCUCGCGGGCGUCGCCUCGGGUGCACUUUCUAGUACCAACCUCGAGAAGCACGUUGGUAGUCUCACACUCUCCUCGUCUUUCGGACCUGUGAAGGAAUCUUACUGGACCGGAUACCCCCACCACCGCCGUACUCCUUUCGCUGUCUCCCCUGAUGGCAAGUCGGCAUACCUUGCCUACCUCGACGCCAGCGAGACUGGUGUCCACGUUCAGCAGGUGAACCCUUCGACCUUCGCCGCCGUCGGUGAUGCCGUCACAGUCACUAGUGGUAAGGAGGCUGGUGGUCUUGUUGCCCACAACGAUGGUUUCGCUCUCUUGACCAACGAGGCUAUGCCAUCUGGUACUUCCAACGCGCCGCCGGAUAGCACUCCUGUUGCUGUCCUUUACCGCUACACCUCUGGCAAGGAGACCUUCAAGACAUGGCUUGGUGGCCCAGACAACGCUGGAGACAUGGGCAUGUUGGCUUCCCCUGACAUGAACGGUGACCUUGCCUACUCCGAGGCCAGUGGCAUGUACGGUGCCUACUUCGUCGUUACCGCCUACUCUGGCUCCGCUGAGGGUCACUUCGGUGAUGCAAUCCAGUACGUCAACGACAACGGAACAAUCGAGCAGAUUCAGGGUGCCAGCUCCACCUGGGGCUGCUCCCACAACACCGGUAUCGCUUUCGAAGCUUCCGACUCUACUCCUUUUGCCUCUAUCUGCUCUGAAGAUCAGGGUGCCAUCUGGCUCAACACUGGUGCUACCGGUAUGGACAAGAGCGGUGUCAAGAUCUCCAACGAGAACGUUACUAACGGAGCCGGUAACGAGGCCAUGGGUGGAAUGUCCGGCUCCUACAGUGGCCUUGCUCGCUUCCAGGACAGCGACUCAUACAUCUUCUCCUGGGUUUCCCGUGGUGCUAAGGAUCUGACCAUCAACGAUUGGAUGGGCGACGGGUACACUCACUCUGUCAACCGCACAGUCAACCGCAACGUCGCCAUUGCUACCAUGAGCGACAAGAAGACUCUCGUUGGCGAGCAGGCCACCUCUGAGCUCGUUGCCGAUGGUGACUCUCAGAUCAACUGGAUCACUACUGGCUCCGCUGACUGCUCGAACGCUCACGUUGCUACCUUCGACAAGACCAGCGCUCUCGUUACCUGGGAGGAAAUCGCCGAGCCCACCUGCGACUUCAUCGCUAUGGGCUGCAAGGGUGCUUACACUGGUUCUUACUUCCAACUUGUCACCGAUGGCAAGAAGGUUGGUGAGCCCGUCAAGGCUACCGAUGUCUACGUUGCCGGUGACAUGGUCACCAUGGCUGACGGCCGUAUCUGCUGGCCUUACGUCGACAUGGAGUGGACGCUCGAUGGCCCCGUCCAGAACGCUGCGAGCGUUAAGGAAAUCUCCUUCGCUUGUAUGAGCAACGGCGCCGGUUCUUCCACCCCGUCUGCUUCUGCUUCUACUGCCCCCGCUUCGUCUGCUCCUGCUGCCACCUCUGCCGCCGCUGUCAAGUCCUCCUCCGCUGCUGCUCAGAAGCCUUCCUCCGUCGCUGAGAACGCUGAGAGCACCGGUGCUCCCAUCGAGAUCGAGACCUCUGCCGCAUCUGCUUCCACCGCCGCCCCUGAGGUCCCAGCUGAUUCCUCCCUCCCCACCUUCGAAAUCGUCACUUCCGGCGCCACCAUCACUCCUCCCUCCACCACCGUUGCGGCGACUGCCCUUCCUUCCAUAAUCUACUCUGAGGAGUACUCUGCUUCUAUCCCUACCGAGAUCAGCUCCCAGGUUCCUGCCGUCAGCACCGGCGAGGACCAGCCUGCUCCUUCCGCUACCGUCACCCUCCCGGCUUCCGAGUCCUUCAACCCCACCGAUGCACCUGCCUUCACUGAGAGCACCAACAUCCCCAACCCUACCAUCGGCCCCGAAUCUUCCAGCACUCCUUGCUCAUCUAAGAUCGUCCCCACCGAGGCUCCUGAGGCUCCUGAGGCUCCCGUCAAGACCCCUGAUGCCUCCGAAGUCCCCUCCGACGCUGAAGAGACUCCUUGCUCCGAGGAGCCCGAGGCCACAGCCACAGGUGCGGAAGCCGAAGUCCCUACCUUUACCCCUCUCCCCACCGAGGUCCCCUACCCCACCGGCACCGGCAUUCCCUCGCGUGGAUCUGGUCGUCCCUUCCCCACCGGCAACUGGCCCCAAGGCGGCCGUCCUGGCUUCGGCUGGGGCCGUCCUCACCCCUCUGGCUGGGGAGCGUGGCCCGGCCGCGGCGGCGCCAGGCCCACUGGUAGCUUCGGUCCUAGCCCUUCUGCUGGCACUCAGCCCGAGAAGUACGACUUUGAUCUGGGUAAGGCUUCAAGCACCCCUUGCACUCUUGAGACCCGUGUCAGGCCUACUGCUACUGGUGCUGCUUACUAGGCGGUAGAGAGUAUAGGGAAGGAGAGGAAAGAAGAGGAAAUGCGGGCUGGGCCCAUGAAAACGUGUUGCAGCCGCAAUCUUUCUAUAUCUGUUGGUUUUAGCUUCUUGUAUAUAUCUUUUAAGGACGGAUCUAUGACUGCAUGACGCUCGUCAGCUUUCAAUGUUGAUGUGCAUUUCCAUAAAUUUCGAACAAUAUCUGUGAUGAAAUUGCGAGGUAUUUGAUUCGUU